UUGAACUUUGCGAGGCGGGCUGAAAAGUGUGCAUCUUGCUUCCCGUAUCCGCUUUGAUCAACAAUUUAAGUGCUGAGAGAAGUUUUCCUGAAGCACGGACAUGAGCAGCACUACUUGUGGAUGGAGAGGCAUUUGAAGCAGAAAUGGACGGUCUGAUUAAGAGUCUGGGGAAGAUUUCAAUAGGAGUGCCAUCUAAGCCCUCUAUUUUCACAUUUGUGCCAGUGGUGCAGAAAUUACCAAUUGAAAGCAUUGUUACGGAGGAGGAGAGAUCUGGAGCUCUGAAAGGAAAACCAAAUAAGAACUUAUCUGCGUCCCAUGAGAAGACAACCGGGGAGACCAUGUCAGAGAAGGAGAUUUUCAAAGCGGAGAAAGUCUUUAUCAAAGACCCUGUGGAGGGAGGAGCAGGAAACGCAACCCAGCCAGGGACAAAGCGUCACCCUUCACUGGAUCACGUGAGCCUCUCUCACACCAAAGCGUCUCCCUCAGUCAGUGUUCAGUCUGAAAAUACCCCCAACCACGUCGCUGCCGGCACGGCCUCUAUGGAAACAGCUGUUGAUAAACACAGGGGCAUUUCCCAGCGGCAGUGUCACGAUACCUCUGGACUUACUGAGGUUAGCUCGGGUUACUUUGUAAAUAGGGCGUCUGUGUCAGAAGACAGAAUAAGCCCCACAAACUCGGCAGACCUGUUCCCCACCCCGGCAUCAUCCAGAGAGUCCAUCCUCUCAGAGGGCUCGGACAGAGAGAAGGGCUGGUCAGCUGUGCAGCUUUGCUCUGUCACCUCUCCCACUUCUCUCAGCCGCACUGUCUCUCCCUGCUCAUCAGUCCGCUCUGGCGUCUUCUCUCCCUCUGUCGUCCAGAUCAAGAGGCACUUUCUGGCUCCUGGCUCUAGUCUAGUUCAAACCCCUUGUUUCUCAUCCUGUGAGAGCCUGUCCUCCUCUGGCUGUCCCCAGUCCCCUCCUCCUCCUACCCGGCACCGGCCUCCUCUCACCCGACUCUCACUCCUCACUGCCAUCUUGAGAAAAGGCCGUCUCCCUGUCCUGUCUGCUGCUGUGCAGAGGCCUUACACCCCCUGCUGGCCUGUUAGCCCCGUGACCCUGUCCUUCUGUAACGCAUGCUCAGCAGCCUCCAGUGUGGCCUCCAUCCCCCUCGAGUUUUCCUCCCAGUUCUCCUCAUCAGCAUCUAUAGAUAGUCAGAGCCACAUUUACAGGGAGCCUCAUAAAUACGUCACAUCUCCUCCACCUGUGCAGUCGAACAAGCUCAGCAGUAGAAGCCCACAAACUCAAGUGCAAAGCUGCUCGGAGCAAAUUAGCUCAGGCAAUGUGCCUAGAUGGGAGCAGGUUAUUUCACCCUUGGCAAGGAAGAGCAGCACACUCCCCCGAGCUCCACCUCUAUUCUGCUCAAACUUCAAUUCUGUUUCUCCAUUAAAACAUGAAGUAAUAGACUGUUGUGCAACUUCCAAGAAGCUGCAACACACACACAUGUCCACCUCCAAGUCCCCUGAGUUGAAGCCCAUCAACACUGGCAUACACCUCAAGGGCCCUGCAGAUAACAACCAUAAAAAACUCAUCUCCUCGUCCCCCAAAGUUACUAAUGAGCAAGAAACCUCCAUGCCCCAGAAAUGGGGUCGCCCAGAAAAUUCAUCUCUCUCAAGGCUUCAAUUGCUUUCUCAGCAACUGAGAUCUCCACCUGUCUGCCCUCCUCGGCUUCAGCCUUCUCAGUCACACUUACCGGGUGUCACAAUCAUGCGUAACACAGCAUCACCACCUGUACAAAACACCACAGAGAGGUGUGAGUCAGGGAGGAGCUGUCCUGAUUCCAAAAGUGCCACAACAUCAGCUCACAUAGCUCACUGUCUGUCUCCUUCCCGCUACACACCCAUUGCUUUUCCCGGAUGGCCGUCGCCCACCAGCUCCCCCACACCUACGCCCUCUCCUGCUCCACCAAUCAGAGACUUCACCCCGUCCCCUUCUCUCUCCAUGCGCUCCACGCCCUCCCCAAGGCCGGGGAGUGGAAUAUCAGACUGCAGUGACAGGGAGGGUAAAAAAAGAAAGACACACAAGAUUAAGUCAAGCUACAAAUCGCUCGCUGCAAUUCCCACAAACACCCUCCUGUUGGACCAGCAGGCAAUAGACGAGCAGGUAGAGAGGGAAGAGAGUCCAUGUGACAGGUUGGAAAGAGGUGAUACGUUGGACAGAAGUGUUGCAGACACCCACGCUGAGAUGUGCUCGCCCGCUGAGCUCCGGCAGCAGUCAGAGGAACUUUAUGCAGUUAUUGAUGAGAUAUUGGCAAAUUCCAUUCCAGAAAGCAAAACAUCCCGCUCACAGCAGUCCGACAGGUCAUCGACCAAUGCUGGUCUACAGCAGGACUCGUCAUUUACAAAAUCCUUGGGACGUGAAACCAAAUAUGCAUCUGUAUGCAGCUUGCACCCAUCUACCGGUGUGGAAAGGAAGCUUAUGAAUCCUAAAAAGACAAAGCCCGGGGUUAUUCGCCCCAUGACGGCCAUUCCAAGGCUGACAGUUGAGGACAAGGAAGAAUUUCAUUCUAACCCAUUUAGACAGGUUGUCGUCAAGCAGACUGACAGUAGAAAGGUGGAAAGCAAGAGUCUCGAAGAUGUCGGCAAGGAUUUUUACAGUUCAAAAGGCCAAGCACGGAGAGAAGAGAAGAAGCCUGAAAGACGAGGUCCAUUCACAGUAUGUGACCUUCAGAUAACAGAACCUGGAGACCAGACGAGUCCCACAGUGAAAGAUGCCUCAACAUGUUUCGGUCCAACGCAGCGGCGGAGGGAAGCUUUUGAGACUCAUAUUUAAAACAUUUACCCUCAACCCUCUUUUGUUUUUUAUUAAAACAAUUAUCUGCUAAGGCACAAUCAGCACUAAACACCACUACACAGUUAAAGAAGCAAUGACAAGUUAAUUGCACCUUGCCUGAAUUAGUGAAUGAGUUUAUAACCAAAUGUGCAACAGUUAACAGCAGCUGACAACAAAGGUUCGAUAAGCCUUACAGAAAUAAUAAAAAUGGAAGCAACAGAUAGUUCCCCAUUCCCACAGUUACUGCUGCUGCGCCUGUCAAACUGUCCAUUUUCUUGCGGCACUUUCACAGUUUGCAGUGAUAAAAGGUGGCAGAUUUACCACUUUAAAUUCUUUGUGAUUUUUUAAACUAUGGGGGCUUUGUUUCAGACAGAAGACACUGCUUCAACAUGUAGAGAAAUCCAACGUUUGACAGCCCUGCUGUGCCUUACUGCUUCUAAACUAUGUUUGGAAAGUUGUUUUUUGGGGGAUGGGUUUAGUGAACAGGGAAUUGGUGCAAAACAUCAAACAGUGAAGAAAGAGAGUUUAGCUGUGCAGGAUUUUCCUAAAGAUAAAGCAAACAACUGAGCGAACAUCAGGUUGUUUCAGUUGCUCUCAGUGAAGAUGUCCUAACCAGCUCGUGUGUCAGUGAUUAGGCUAAGUGACAUUUUGCUUGUUUGAAAAACUUCUCAGCCUGGUACUACUUUGGCAAAACUUUGCACACCUGCUUACAGCCAGGCUGCACUGCCUGCUUGAGCAGUGCGUGACAAAUACCUUGCCGAACUGCUGCAGCUUGCAGUAUGCGAUGUUCACACAGACAGGGUUGCUGCUGCAGUGCUGCCCAGUCUUGGUGGCUGAAAAAUGAAGCCAAUAUGGAAGUGCCAAAAACUGCAGUUCUUUGAAUGGCCACUUGAGGCUAGCUCCAGAAGCCAGUUAGUCCCUGUAGACCUCCGUGUUAAAAUGCCCAACUUUACAGCAGGAAUAAACAUGUUUACAGCCAGAUACAAAAAACAGUUUUGGUCUCUAUAACUAAUGAUUCCCUUUAUGACAACUGUACAGGGGAUGG